AUGGAAGCGCUGCAACGAAUGAUGACAAGGCGUUUGGAUGAGCAUUCCUAUAAACGAACUGCUAAACGUUUGGUGGUUGACGAAUAUACAAAUGAUGUUGAUUUUAAUGAUAAGACAGAAAUUGCUAGUAUAAAUCCGGCAUAUGAUAUCAUAUACGGUGAAACAGUUCGGGCAAGGAGUAGUCCAAAUAACUCUGCCACAGAUGUGUCUUUUUCGACCACAACAUGUCCAGCUAUUACUUCACCGAGUCCAGUAUAUCAUAUUGAACCCACUUCUACUGUUACUGCUACCGCUAUUAAUGAUGAUCAUAGCCAUACUGAUAAAUUAUUACGAAAGGUUUCGCUGGCUGUACGAAGAAAGCUAACAGGUUCGAAACCUUUUGUCAGUGAACAACGCAAUACCCAUAGGGUAAGUCAUCGUAAUAGUAAAGAUAGCAAUCAUGAUGAUUCGAAAAAUAGUCAAAGGAUCGCUCAAAAUGAUUCGAAAAAACAAGUUAGGCUAAAAUCGGCGAAAAAAAUGAUUGAUUUGGUUGACUUAUGUUCAAUCGGUUGUAAACAUCGUAGUGAACAUCGAAAACUUCUCAAUGACGAAUACGGCGAUGAUUAG